CUCUCCUUAUUUUUAUUCUCUCUCUCGUCAAGCUUUCCCGCUUUCUUAUACUUCAAUUCUAAAAACCUACUUAUGGCAGCAGUCACUUCCGAUACCAACACCAACGACGACGACAACGGCUGGCAAAAAGUGUACUCCAAGCGCAACAGGAAGAGACUGUCCAACUCUCUUCAACACCACCGAAACAUCCCUUCCAACUCUCUGCAACACCUCCACAACAUCCCCGUCGAAAUCCUCUCCGAAAUCCUCUCGCAUCUACCAGUCAGAUCCCUAUUCCGAUUCAGGUGUGUUUCCAAGGUAUGGCGAUCUCUGAUCUCUGAUCCUAAAUUCGCUCUUGAUCACUAUUCCUCCCAAAAGCACCAAAAAAUAGCCAUUAAUAUUAGAUCUCCUUCUGACUCACAUGAUAAGGGUUCGAGUGUCGUUUACUCUGUUGAAUAUGAUAGCACAGCGUAUGCUUCUUCUUCGUGGAUAAAACCAAUGAUCAACGAAGAUAAUAUAGAGUGGUUUCAGAUCUUAGGUUCGUGCAAUGGCUUGUUGCUUGUGAGCUAUUACAUGGAUUUGUAUUUGUGGAACCCGUCAACUAGACAAUGCACUAAAACGCUGUCGCUUACCUGUUAUUGGCCUAUGGGACUUAUUACGAAAGAAAUUUCUGCUAGCUCCGGACUCUGUUAUGACUCAUCCGUUGAUGAUUACAAGGCAGUAAUAGCCUACCGUGGCAAGGUCAGCGUAGCUAGUUUUAAAAGGAGAAUUUGGGCUACCACCACUUGUUGCUUCGCAGACGGUGGAGAGAGAGUGAUGAAUUCUGGGCCUGUAGUGAAUGGGAAGUUGCACUGGGUGAUCAAUCAAUAUGAAAAUAUUGACUUUUCAAACCAGAUUGUUUAUUUUGAUCCGAUAACGGAUGAAUUUCUAGAGUUACCAGUACCACCACAACCCUACAAUUUCUGGGAAAGGAAAACUGUUAUACUAGGGUUGGGGGUUUUAGAGGGAUGUCUUUGUAUGGCACGUUGUGGUUGUGAAAGUGGUACUGAAGUUGAACCCGAUUUUAUUGAGGUUUUUGUCAUGAGAGAAUAUGGUGUAGGGGAGUCAUGGAGCAAUAUUUUCAUCAUGUCUAAUAUUAUGGGAUUGUCGAGGCCGUAUGUGUAUGGUAACUUUGUGCCAUUGCACUUUACAAAGAAUGGUGAAGUUCUUAUUGCAGUGAAUAGAAACAAAUUAUUUGUGUACAAUCCCAACAAGAUGCCACAAAGGGAGAUUCUUAUCUCAAGUGGUCGUUACGAAAUACAUGUAGCUUCAUACGCAGAGAGUCUGGCUUCACCUGCUGCCUAUGGUCACAAGGAAGAUUGGGUAAAGGAAGGGGAAGAUGCUCUUGAAUUGGCCGAUGAUGGAUGCGAUUGGAGUUCCUGUUUUGACAGUUAUGGCAGAGAUUGGGAGUGGUUAUAUGUUGGUGCCGACGACGAAGACAACAAUUGGGUGUGGAAUGUAUUCUGGAAAAAAGAAGAGAACCAAGAAAAGUUUAAAAGAAGGUAUAAAGCCCGACUUUAUUUUUUAGCAGCAAAAGAGAAGAAUAAAAAACGCCAGAAGAGAAUUAGAACUGAAAGUGGAAUAAUAUUCCUAAGAAAGAACAAACAGGAAAGCAAGCAUGGCAAAAAUAUGGAGGUAGACGAUCUGCAUAAACAGGUGCUUGAUUUUUUUGUGAAGUAGGCUAUCUAAUUUCUGGAUUCAUUCUGCCAGAGUGAUCAUUUUUAGCCAUUGCUUGGGAGGAGGAUGAGAUGAAAUAAAAACCAUCAUGUGGUAUGUUUCCUUUUGGAGGCAAUCAAUAAGAGAAUGAGUUGGGUUUGAAUGCGAGAGAAAGAAGCGUGUUGGAAGUAGGUGGAAAUCUAAUUUGUUUUUAUUUCCUCUCUUCUCUUUGUUUCCCAUUGACUUACCUUGUCACUGUUUUAGUGAUUCUCUCAAACAUUGGAGCGAUACAAUUUAUUUUCACACUCUUUGACUGGAAAUAAAGCGGAGGCUUUAUCCCAGAUUUAACUCAUUUAAGCAAUAGGAAAGGGAUGACUUCCUGGUUCCGUACAUCUUCCAGUCUUAACAUAUUUUGUUUGUCCUUCUGCUGUUUUUGCAUUCUGAUGCAUCCCAGUUCAAUCAAAAGUCAAAACUCCAUUCUUGAAAGAAUUGUUCCUUUUGUACACUAUUUUAGUACCAGUCUUCCGUUGGUACUUUCCAUUUCCAUUUCUCCUUAUUUCAUUGAUUGUAUAUCUU